GUGGAGGGGGGUUGGCAAGAUGGCGGCUGCCGUUGAAAGACAUUGAGGGUGUCUCGCGGAGCUCCGCAUGAAAUCUCCUGCGGCGAUUCAUUGUUUUUAACGAGUGUUAUCGUCCGUGUUUUAUGCGAUCGCGCUUCAGGAAGACGCAAGCUAUCGUCAACACAGGUGACUAGCUGAGAGUCGCACAGACGCUGCAGGGGAAGCAAAAGCGAGUAGCUACUUUCAAAAGCUUAACUGGAUUUAAGGAGUAGGAGUCUUCAGCAUACAAAUCAUCAGUGCCUGAACAGACCCGGAAAACCUGUACCAGACCAGUGAAAAGAUUCUUCACUGUACCUUUUUCAUAUCUGAUAUCCAUUUUUUGUUCAUCUGUGGAUUGAGACUAAAUCGGGAUGUUGGCCACUGCAGCUCUUAUUCUCAUUGUCACCAGUAAAGCUGUCCUAGGAAAGGAUGAUAAAGAGCCUGGUGAUGGACAGAUAUAUCCAUUAGAUAUGGCACCGGAUUCAGUUGAUGACAUGUAUGAUCGUUGCACAGACAAGAUGGAAGUGCGGGUGCUAACAACAUAUUUAAACAAAGAAAUCUGUCCUAACAUCUCUUUCUUUGGGGACGUUUGGUUGUCUAGUACAGGACGAAUGCCUGGACUAGAUCAACUGAAAAUCCACAAUUUAAUUGCAAUUCAUAUGUACAGUCGUUAUGUGAUAUAUGAACCGUUCAAUCAGGAUGUUAGGACUGGUAAACAAAAAUACCAAAACAACACAUACACGUGGUAUUCACUUCACUUCUUUUUGACACAAGCAAUACAGAUUCUAAAGAAAACUCAAACAGAAUGCAUGGUAACUUAUCGUGGUACCAAUGUUACGUUUAAUGAGUCUGUUCUAUACAAAGAGAUCCGGUUUGGUUCAUUUGCAUCCUCCUCUCUUGAUCGUGAAGUAGCAAGGGAAUUUGGAAUUGAAUCUUGUUUUGAAAUCGAGACUUGUCAUGGUGCCAAUGUGUCAAAAUAUUCCCAGAAACCUGAUGAAGAAGAGGUGCUGAUUCCCCCAUAUGAGACAUUUAAUGUCACUGAUAUAAGAAAGGAUGACUGGUGUAAGACUGUGUUUAAACUGAAUAGCACUGGUAUAAGAAGUGACUUAAACUGUGCUGUGGCAUCAGCCAAGCCCCAGAUAUCACAAUGCUAAUCUCUCUGGCUGAUUGGCUUUUAUAUUAUCAUAUAAUCUUUUUUAUAAUAAGUGUCGCUGUCAUUGUACUAACAUUUCAUAAAUCAAUCCUAAUGUUUUUGUUUUGUAAGAUUGCACUGAGCAUUAACUUCAAUUAAUGUUUAAAACUGUCUCCUUUUUACUCUGAUUCACAGUGUUACGCUUAUAAUAAUGAUUUAUAAUUUGAGCUGUCAGGUCUGAUUUUGCAAGCAACUUUAUGUGUUAAAUAAGAUAGAGAAACAAAGUGAAGGAUUGCAGCUUUAAGGACCUGAAUAAGAAUUGUUCAGAGGUUUUUAUUAGAAUAUGCAGUAUUACAUGCAACUUAAUUUUAUGUUUUUGUGCAUAUUUGUUGUCAUAUUUGAUGCACUUUGCCAUCAUGCUUUGAAAACCAUGUUUUAAAUAUCAGUUAAGCAAAAAAUCCAAAAGCAUUUGUCAAUUAUAGCAUUAAUAAACUGCACUUACUGUA